AUGCGGGCUCGCGUCUCCACGUCCGCCGCCGCCCGCACCCUGGCCGCCCGCUGCUCGGCGCGGGCGUCGACAACGACAGCUCCCCCCAUCGCCGCGGCGGCGCGGCAGCAGAUCCGCGCCGCCGGUGGGCUCUCGCAGAGGCCCGACUCCAACUUCGUCUCCUUCCCCGGCGCGCUCAAGAGCGCCUUCACCAGCGACCUCAAGUUCGAGCACCCGUCCGAGUACCCGGCCAUGCCGACCUACCGCGUCGUCGACCAGCAGGGCGUCGUCGUGGACCGCAAGUUCAAGCCGGACCUCAGCGACGAGGAGGUCGUCAAGCUGUACAAGGACAUGCUGACCGUCUCCAUCAUGGACAUCAUCAUGUUCGACGCCCAGAGGCAAGGACGCAUCAGCUUCUACAUGGUCUCGGCCGGCGAGGAGGCCGUCUGCGUGGGCUCCGCCUCGGCGCUGCGGCCCGACGAUGUCGUCUUUUCCCAGUACCGAGAGCAGGGCGUCUUCCAGCAGCGCGGCUUCCAGCUCAGCGACUUUAUGAGCCAGCUGUUCGCCAACAAGAACGACCCGGGCAAGGGCAGGCAGAUGCCCGUCCACUACGGCAGCAAGAAACUGCAUAUUCACACCAUCUCCUCCCCGCUAGGCACCCAGAUCCCCCACGCCGCGGGCGCCGCCUACGCCCUCAAGAUCCAGCGCAUGCAGGACCCCUCGGCGCCGCCGCGCAUAGCCGUCGUCUACUUUGGCGAGGGCGCCGCCAGCGAGGGCGACUUCCACGCCGCGCUCAACAUCGCCGCCACGCGCUCCUGCCCCGUCGUCUUCGUCUGCCGCAACAACGGCUACUCCAUCUCCACCCCGUCCCUCGAGCAGUACCGCGGCGACGGCAUCGCCAGCCGCGGGCUCGGCUACGGCAUCGACACCAUCCGCGUCGACGGCAACGACCUGUGGGCCGUGCGCGAGGCCACCAAGCGCGCGCGCGAGAUGGCGCUCGAGGGCGGCGGCCGGCCCGUGCUCAUGGAGUGCAUGACCUACCGCGUCGGCCACCACAGCACGUCCGACGACUCGUUUGCCUACCGCGCGCGCGUCGAGGUCGAGGACUGGAAGCGCCGGGACAACCCCAUCUCGCGCCUGCGCAAGUGGAUGGAGGCCAAGGGGUGCUGGGACGAGGCCAAGGAGAAGGAGGCGCGCGACACCAUCAGGAGGAAUGUGCUCAAGGCGUUCUCCGAGGCAGAGAAGAUCAAGAAGCCGCCAAUCAUCUCCAUGUUCCAGGAUGUGUACGAGGAUCUCACGCCAGACCAGAAGAGACAGGUGGAGGAGCUGAGGCAACAUCUAGAGGAAUACCCCGAGGACCUCACCAUUCUCCCAUCAUCACACAACACAACACUCUCACCGACGAUAGUCCCGAGACGAAGAUAUCACGACAAUCUCACUGAACAGCCUCCUCAGCAACACCCAUCUACCUCCAUAAUGUCUCAAGCAGCAACAAUCGCUGUCGUCUUCCUCGUGCUCUUCACCAUCGCCUUCGCGGCCUUCAUCUGGGGCUUCAACAAGAUCGGCUGGCUCGCUCGCAUCAUCGCCGCCAGGAAGAAGGAGAAGGCCGAAGCCGCCGCCGCAGCAGCAGCAAGCGAGGCCCCAACCGCAUAA